UGCAAGAAGUCGAAAGAGAAAAUAAAUGAUGUCAACAUUGUUAAGUACGCAAAGUGCAUUUUUUUUAAAUCGGUAACUAAAAGUACCGUAACUUUUAGUUCAAUAACCUUCGAGUACUUUAUUAAAAAAUGUAUUGUGUUCUAUUAUGGUCGUUAUAUGUUGGGCCCUUAGAGAAAGUAAUAGAAGAAAUUGGAUUUCCUGUUUGUGAAAUGUAAAGAGAAAAUUUACCUGUUAUUUUCUGUUGGUUACAUAUCAAGAUUCUAGCCGUUUUGGAACUUUAAAUGAAGAAGUAUAUUUAAAAAAUGGCUGUACAGUCUAUUAAUGCUGGGACUAAUAAACAUUGGUGGAUGGUAUUUGGUGCAGUAUGUUUUCUCACCCUUCUGACAAGGUACCAUAAAAUUAGCGAACCUGAUCAUAUUUGUUGGGACGAGACCCACUUUGGGAAAAUGGGUAGUUGGUAUAUUAACAGAACAUUUUUCUUUGAUGUACAUCCCCCUCUUGGCAAGAUGUUAAUAGGUCUAUCUGGAUAUCUAACUGGUUACGAUGGAAGGUUUGCCUUUGAUAAACCAGGUGACAAGUAUGAAAAUACCAGCUACAUAGGCAUGAGAGUUUUUUGCGCCACUCUGGGGGCAGCCAUAGUUCCAAUGUCAUUUAUAACUGUGGAUGAAAUGACACAAAGUACAACUUCAGCGUUAUUUUCGUCCUUGCUAAUCCUUUUUGAUGUAGGAUUAAUUACUUUGACUCAGUACAUCCUUCUAGAUCCCAUAUUGCUAUAUUUUAUGAUGGGUUCAAUAAUGGGAGCAGUAAAAGUGUCCUCAAAACAGAAUAAAGAAUUCUCAUUCGCAUGGUGGUGGUGGUUAUCAUUUACAGGAACAAUGUUGGCCUGUUGUGUUUCCGUCAAGUUUGUAGGUUUAUUUGUUGUUUCAUUGGUAGGAAUAAUGACCAUUUGGGAUUUAUGGAUUAUAUUAGGAGACAUGAGCAGACCCGUGAAAGAUACCCUCAAAAAUUUGUUAGCAAGAGCUCUUUGUUUAAUAAUAUUGCCCGUGAUUCUCUACAUUUCUUUUUUUUAUAUUCACCUGAAAGUAUUAAAUAGAAGCGGUAAUGGAGAUGGAUUCUACAGUUCAGCAUUUCAGUCUCAAUUAAUAGGCAAUAGUCUUCACAAUGCCAGCAUGCCCCAUCAAGUAGCGUACGGUUCUAUUAUAACAUUAAAAAAUCAUAGGACAGGGGGAGGCUACUUGCAUUCUCAUUACCAUCUUUACCCAGAAGGAAUUGGAGCCAGACAGCAGCAGAUUACUACGUACACCCAUAAAGAUGACAACAAUAAAUGGGUAAUAAAAAAGUACAACAGUGAGCCAAAUAGUGAUGUAGAGAUCGUACGCAGCGGUGACUUGGUAAGACUGGAACAUAUAGCCACGAGGCGCAACCUUCAUUCUCACAAAGAACAAGCUCCCAUAACCAAGAAACACUACCAAGUCACAGGUUAUGGUGAAAAUGGCACGGGAGAUGCGAACGAUGUGUGGCGGAUCAGUGUCGCAGGUGCAAAAGAUGGAACGCAAGUUACAGCAGUCAGUAGCAAAUUAAAAUUUGUUCAUUAUUUGCAAUCGUGCAUAUUAACUACUAGUGGUAAGCAGUUACCUAAAUGGGCAUAUGAACAGCAAGAGGUAACUUGUAAUCCAAACCUACGGGAUCCUAACGGAGUGUGGAAUGUAGAGGAAAAUAUUUUUGAGAAAUUACCCAAUGUUAGUUUUGAAGUAUAUGCGCCUAGUUUCUUAGAAAGAUUAUUUGAAUCUCAUGCAGUCAUGAUUCAAGGAAAUGCUGGGUUGAAGCCGAAAGAAGGGGAAAUCACUUCCCGUCCAUGGCAGUGGCCCAUAAAUUAUAGAGGACAAUUUUUUUCUGGAUCCCAGUACAGAAUAUAUUUACUCGGCAAUCCUGUUAUAUGGUGGAAUAAUUUGGUCUUUAUCUUAGUGUUUUUGAUUGUUUUCACGUUUAACGCUAUCAAGCAACAACGUGGAUAUAUUAAAUCAUUCUCAGAUUCUCAUAAAAAGAAAUUAGUAGCAUGUGCAUGGCUAUUCUUAGGAUGGUUAUUGCACUAUGUACCAUUCUGGGCAAUGGGUAGAGUGUUAUAUUUUCAUCACUAUUUUCCAGCACUGUUGUUUAGCUCAAUGAUCACAGGUAUACUAAUCGAUUACUUGUUGGAGGAGAUUCCAAAUUUCUUUCAAGAGCAAAUUUCAAAACUUGUUUAUCAUAUAUUAGUUGGGUUAGUCUUGUCAACCAUAUUAUACAGUUUUUAUUUAUUUGCUCCGCUUGCCUAUGGAAUGAGUGGCCCUUCAGCAAACGAAGCAAAUUCAUCGAUGAACGGUCUAAAAUGGAUGGACACCUGGGAGUUUUAACAAUUAUUACCUUCCAUAAAUUAUAAUUUUAGAACGAUAUAAAAAAGUUUUAUGGUUAGAAAUUUUAAAUACUCAAAAGAAAUUUUGUGAAAUUUUCUACAAUAUUAUUAAUUAGAAAUUUACUGCGAUUUCAUAAAAUAUGACAAAUAAAUCUUUAUUGUUAAGGUAGAAAAUGUAGUUAUUUAGACUACUGUAGUUUUAUCAAUUUUUGGAUUUAAAAUUUCAAAUUGUUUCAACUGUAAGUCUAUUUUAAUAUUCUUUUAAAUUUUCCUUUACAAGUUUUUUGGAAUUAUCUUUAAAAAAUGUUAACUCAACUCUUCCUGUUGCCGUUAUAGAUAAAUUUGAAUUAUU